CCCUCCCAGGUUAUCUCUUGCCUUGACUAUUGUAACUCCCUCCUCAUUGGCCGACCUCAUCGCAGGCUAUCCCCUCUUCAACUCAUCCACCUUACUAACCGUUCUGUAUCAGCCACCCCUCUCUGCCAAUCCCUCCACUGGCCUCCAUUCAGUGUCCUAAAUCCCUCUUUGCCAAUCCCUCCACUGGCCUCCACUCAGUGUCCUCCAUCCCUCGCUGCCAAUCCCUUCACUGGCCUCCACUUAAGUGUCCUCCACCCAUCUCUCCCAAUCCCUCCACUGGCCUCCACCCCUCUCUGCCAAUCCCUCCAUUGGCCUCCACUCAGUGUCCUCCAUCCCUCUUUGCCAAUCCCUCCACUGGCCUCCACUCAGUGUCCUCCAUCCCUCUUU